UAAGAAAAGACCAGCCCCUUCCGGUGACGCAAUCCUAGGGAGAUGGCGGCCCCCAGGGCGUCCCUUCGCUUGGUGGCUCCAGUAUGGAACGGGGGUACCAGCGGCAUCCGUGGCCUGAGCAGGGCAGUGGACCCGGAGGGCAGUCCGAGGAAGGGGAGGACGCUGCUCCGGUUCCUGGCUGACCGCUUCUAUGAUGUGGAGGCUGUGAGGGAGUACCUGCUCCAGAAGCAGGUGUUGAAGGUGCUCCAGAAAAAUCGGUCCUUCACCUACAUCAAGGAGCGAUAUGGCCCCUACGUCGCAGGUGCCUAUUUCAUCCUGAAGCAGGGAGGCGCGGUCAAGUUUCAGGACAAGGAGUGGAUGCGGCCAAAUGGGCGUGGCCUCUCUGGUGAGCUCUGGAAGCUCCGGGAGGUGCCUGUAGAGGCUGUUGACGCCAGCGGCUGUGCCAUCAACUACCAAGGCCUGGACAACCUCUUGGCCCUGAAGGAGCUCCAGUCCCUGUCGCUGCAGUGCUGUCCCCACGUGGAUGACUGGUGUCUCAGCCGCCUCCACCAGCUAGCCAACUCGCUACGAGAGCUCUCGCUGGCCGGCUGCCCCCGAAUCUCUGAACGGGGCCUCGCCUGCCUCCACCACCUCCAGAACCUCCGCAGACUGGAUAUCUCUGACCUUCCUGCUGUGUCCAACCCAGGCCUCACUCAGAUCUUGGUGGAGGAGAUGCUGCCCAACUGUGAGGUUCUGGGGGCUGACUGGGCCCAGGGCCUCAAGUUGGGGCCAGAGGAGCAGACCCGAGACACAGCCAGCAGCCCCAUCCCUGCCUAG